AUGUGGGAUGUCUACAAGGUGGAAGAAUCAUAUAAAAAAUUUCCCGAGGUGCGACGUGAGGAGGUGUUAAAAUUUCAAGAAUGGAUACACUCUCAACCCCAUAUGCCAAAGAUAUCGGAACAUGAGGCUUUGCUUUUCUACUAUGCCAGCAAGUGUAAUACGGAAAUAUCCAAACAGGUAUUGGAUACCUAUUUGACUUGUCGCACGCAUGUGGAGAGCUUUUUUCGCAAUUUAGAUGUAAAUCGAGCGGAUCUACAAAAUGCCAUGAAAGUAGUUUCUCUCUGUCCCAUGCCCACGCUUACACCCGAAGGAUAUGGAGUGGUUAUUGCCAAACUUGUCGAAUUCGACACAUCGAAAUUUAAUUUUAUUGCCGCCAUAAAAUUAGUCCUCCUGGCAAUGGACAUUUGGAUACAAACUCUAGGUAUUGUACCUGGUCUAAUAUUUGUCAUCGAUUUGCAAGGUGUUAAACUGGGCCAUAUUGCCCGCAUUGGGAUUUUAGAUAUGAAAAAGUUUUUGUUCUAUCUACAGGAAGCCAUUCCCAUACGCAUGCAUGGAUUUCAUUUCAUCAAUCAGAUUCCUUUUAUGGACAAGCUUUUAGCCCUAAUGACGCCUUUCAUGAAGAAGGAACUACUUGAUGUUCUACACAUGCACUCCUCCAUUGAAGGCUUUUACAAGCAUGUGCCUCCACAAAUGUUGCCCAAAGAGAUUGGUGGCGAUCUUCCUGCAUCCAAAAAAUUAAAAGAGGUCUUCUAUGAUGUUUUGCGUAAAAAUCGCAAUGAAAUACUUAAAUUCGAGCAAUCGCAUCUUAUUGAGGAGGCCAAACGUCCGGGAAAGGCGAAAACAGCGUCCGAUCUAUUUGGUAUAGAGGGUAGUUUUAAGAAAUUAGAUAUUGACUAAAAAUUUAGAUGAAGUCUUCAA